AGUAGUUAGCGACGCGCGCGGUGACCGGUGGUUCACAGGCUACUGUAAUUACGCAGCAUUUUUCGGUGGCACUGCGAGGCCAACAGCAGCGGUAAAAUGGCCGAUUUGUUUGACAUAUUGCCGUCCGAGUACGGUUAUGUAGUCUUGGUGGUGUUGUUCAGUUGGGUUGUGGUGCAGUGGAUGGCUGUUAGAGUCAGUUCUGCUCGCAAGAAGUACAAAGUUGAGUACCCAGCCAUGUAUAGUGACAACAACAUGUUCAACUGUGUUCAACGGGUCCACCAGAAUACAUUGGAGGUCUUGGGUUACUUCAUCGUGCUCCUCCUUCUCGGCGGACUGAAACAUCCCCGCAUUUCGGCCGUUUCCGGUCUUGUGUGGGUCGUGGGUCGCAUCUCCUAUGCUCUGGGCUACUACACUGGCAAUCCAGAAAAACGUUUGAACGGAGCGUACGGUUACUUUGGUCUCUUUGGUCUACUUGGGACCACAGUCUCCCUGGCACUCAGCCUCCUGGGGUUUGUGUAGUCGGAUAGCUAUAAAGGUGUGGCAUGGGUGUGGCAGUAGGGCGUGGCAGUAGGGCGUGGUUGAGAAGUCCUUCUGUGUUUCAAUUUCAAUGGAAACUUGGGGCUGUGAUCAAGACAGGGAUAGGUUUAUCGACAAACCACAAAUGGGUUUGUUCAGAUGUAGUUUUGUAUUUGCAGAGAUGGAAAUUUGAAUUACCGGUUGAUAAAAGUACAGAAAUUGCAAAUCCUCCUCUUACCAUUUUUUGUAAUCCCUGCUGGUUUUUGACAUUUAUACAUAGGUGUGGGUGAAUACACUUCAUUUUUACAGUAAGACAAACUGAUUUGGGUCAUUCCUUGAGGGUGGGGCACAAUUUGUGACAAUGUCCAUUGUUACAUGGGUUCCAUAAAAAUGAACACCUAUUUCCCUGCAUGUGGAUU